AUAAUGCAGCUGGAGCUCAUUGCAGACACUAGGCCUUCAGGCCCAAGCGUUUUACGUUUUGCGAGCAACACCGCAGCUACUUAUACACAUCACUUGCACUAUAUUUCAACCGAUCACUCGAAACAGUGGUUGCACCCAAGUGAAAACCCUUUCGAUGCGCAGUGCUUUGCGAAACCCCAGCACCCACGGACCUCCGGAACUGCUAUGAAAGGCCUCUGCAACGCCUGCGCUGGCGCGCGAAGCAAGGCGCGCAUACAGCACACUGCAAGCAGGGUAGUUUGGGGUCGCCCGAUCGUCGGUCGGCCUCUCAGGCUCGCGAAUCACGCUUUAGGCGAGCAUAACGGUCAUCCACGGAGAAUGGCGACGCCAUCCUCCUCAGCGGACUUCGACGAGGAUGAUGAUUCGGGCAGCGGCUACUACAGCCCUGUGCAGCCGCCGCCCGACCUGCCGCGCCUACACACCACCACCGCCACCCCCACCCCCACCACCUCGUCCUCACCCGCCGCCUCCCCAAAAGCCUCCUCAGCCGCAUCCGCAUCCGCCGCAGCCGCAUCCGCCGCAGCCGCCGCAGCCGCCGCAGCUACAGCGCCGGGCGCGGCAGUAGCCGCCCUGACGGUGCCUGGCGGCUUCACGCCGGCUAGCAGCCUGGGCGGGGCGCCGGCGGGGGCUGCUGGCGGCGUGCCGGGCACGCCCAAGGCGGCCUGGAGCCCGGCCCUGGUGGUGUUCAGUGGCGGCACCGCCUUUAACAGCGUGGCGGGCCACCUGCGGCACCUGACCACGCGGGUGGCGCACGUGCUGCCCGUGUCGGACGACGGCGGCAGCACCGCCGAGAUCGUGCGGGUGCUGGGCGGCCCGGCGGUGGGCGACAUCCGCAGCAGGUGCCUGCGGCUGGCGGACGACAGCGACGAGGAGGCCCGGGCUGUGAAGCGGCUGCUGGCGCACCGCCUGCCCGCCUACGACGCCGGGGCGGCCAAGCAGGAGUGGUACGCCAUCGUGGAGGGCGACCACGCGCUGUGGCGCGGCGUGAGCGACCCCUACAAACACACCAUCCGCGCCUUCCUGGUGCAGUUCCACACCGCCAUACUCAGUCACAACAGCGGCGAGAGGUUCAGCUUCAGGAACGGCAGCGUGGGCAACUUCUUCUUCGCCGGCGCGCGCAUCUUCUUCCGCUCCCUGGAGGCCGCCAUCUUCCUGUUCGCACGUGUGGCUCGGCUGCCGGAGGGCUCCCACGUGCUGCCCGCCAUCGCCACCGAGCAGCGCAUCACGCUGGGUGCGGAGCUGGAGGACGGCAGUGUCCUGCGGGGCCAGAACCAGAUCAGCCACCCGCCGCCGCCCGACGACGGUGGUGGCCCGCAGGAGGUGGACAAGGGCUGCGACAUGCCGCUGCCGGCGCCCAUACGCCGCGUGUUCUACAUGGCGGCGGACGAGCACCGCGCCGGAGGCGGAGGCGGCGGCGGCGGCGGCGCAGGAGGCAGCGGAGGCCGGGGCGGAGGCGUUGGAGGCGGAGGAGGCGGUGUCGGGUGGCGGGGCAGCGGCGGCGGCGCGGGAGUGUUGCUGGGCGGCGGCAGUCCGGGUGAGGGCCCGGCGCUGCAGGGCAUCCAGGGUGAGCACGAGGUGUUCCCGGCAGCCAACCCGCGCGUGCUGCAGGACAUCCACCGGGCUGAUGCGCUCAUCUACGGCAUGGGCUCGCUCUACACCUCCAUCUGCCCCACCCUGUGUCUGGAGGGCAUGGGGGAGGCCAUCGCAAGCAGGCCCGUGCCCAAGGUGAUGAUGCUGAACGGCAGCCACGACCGCGAGACGGCCUGCUGCGGCGCCCACGACGGCCCCAUGACGGCCGCCGACAUGGUGCAGGCGGUGUGUGACGCGCUCAACCGGCGGCGCACGCGGCGGCCCGGCGGCCGCCUGCGCCACCCGCCCGGCGCCUACGUGACGGGGCUGCUGGUGCCGCGCGGCGGGGCCAUCCGGGUGGACCCCGCGGCGCUGGCGCUGCUGGGCGUACGGCACAUCCUGGAGGUGGACAGCUACACGGACGACUGCGGCCGCGCCAACUUCGACCCGGCGGCGCUGGUGUCCCGGGUGGACGAGAUCCUCAGGCUGCACUGGGACACGGCGCUGCUGGCGGCGGCCGCCUCCGCGCCCGCGGUGCCCGCGGCGGCGGCAGCGGCGGCCGCGGCCGCUACUGCAGCAGGGUCUGCGGGCGCGGGUGGAAGCAACGGGGCCGGGGGUGGUGGGAGCCCGGCGCUGGCGGCGAGUGCGUCAGCGCCUGACGCGGCAGCAGUGGAGGCGGCGGCGGCGGCGGGCCGGAGUAGCCGGACGGGGCUGGGGAGCAGUACGGGUGGUGCCGGUGUGGAGGAAGGGAGCAGUGGCGGGCGCGAAGCGGCGGCGGUGGAGGCGGCGGCUACUGGCGUGGCGCGGCUAGGGUUGGGAUCUGGCGAAGGGAGAGGCACGGAUGCGGGUGUGGGUGUGGAUGGGGGCGCGGUGGGCGUGUUUGGGUCGGCUGCAGGUGCCGAGCUGGCGCAUGCGGCGCUGGGGAACGCCGGAUCGGGUGCGGAAACGGGCCCAGACGUGUUGAAUGGUCGGCAUUGACGAGACGUGAGUCGUGGCCAGGUGUGGAGUUUGCAGGUAUGUGGUGUGGGCGUGUGUGUUUGUGUGUGAGGACACGACGCAUCGACUCGCAGAAGGGAUAGAUGCAUAUAUUCUGCUGGAAUAUAAAGCUACUCGCCUGUCGAUCUGAAGUGUGUGGGGGACUGGCGCGACUGGUCGUGUCACCCUCAAUGAUGAGGGCAAUGACCCUGAAUAAGAUUGGGGACCCUGUCAAGU